CCUUGAGACGCGAAGUAUGGACGUGGACUGGAGUUUCUGUACCCAGGCUCAGAUCAAUUGCAUUUGAGCUUAGAACAACAGUAAACACUGAUCAAAGAAAAGUGCAGUAGAAAAGUGAUUUGGGUACAUCUAAUUGACGAAAAUGAAUGGUAAGAGUAAGAUAGAUUUGGAGAACUGGAUUACAAAGACGCAAGAACGCUCGGUGGCAGCUAUCGCGUUAGAAUCUCUACUCUUUAUUGUCAUCGACUUGUGCGCUGUGAUCGGCAACGUAUUCGUGUGUCUGGCGGUCUACCGUAACAGGUCGCUACGGACAGUCACCCAUAUAUACAUACUGGCACUGGCCAUCACGGACUUGACAGCUGCUGUCCUGUCCCGCCCGCUGUCCAUAGGCGCUGCUAUCAUGGGCUCGUGGCCGUAUGGUCACGUGGUUUGUACCGUGCAAGGGAUCAUUGAGUUAGCUGGGAAUGCAUUUUCGCUUGUGCUUGUCUCGCUCACAGCGGCCAGUCGAUAUUUUAAGGUGGUGAAACCAGCCUUUUUCGUUAAGUUCUUCUCGACAAAAACAGCUGUAGUGUCCGUGUUUGCUUCGCUUUUUGCAUGUGUACUGAUGACGGCUGGAUCUCCAAGACUAGCUGGCGCCGAGUUUCAGUUCGGUCCACACUUCAUAUGCAUGCCACGAUUCCGUAGCCCGAAUAUGCAAGCUGCUAUUAGUAUACCAAAGAUAACGCUGUUCAUCUUAAUUCCUACCAUAACUAUCCCUCUCUGUUACUGGAAGGUUUACCGCAAGGUAAAAAACCACGUAGUGGCUGUUGCGCCUUCCCUUGCGAGACCACUGAACAGCACAUCCCGUGGAUUCAAGUAUGGAGCAGCUGAUGCCAAUAUAACUAAAACAGUACUGGUUGUGCUGAUUGUCUUUGUCAUUCUCUGGAUUCCGCUGUUCAUUAUAGCACUCCUGUAUUCUCUGGGUACCUAUCAGCCAAGAUGGUCUCACGUGAUGUUUGAUUAUUUAAUAUUCUUGACUGCAGCAUGUAAUCCGAUAGUCUACGGGCUAUUCAACAGAGAAUUCCGCAGUGAAUUUCGCAGGAUUUCUUCCUGUAUUUCAGGCAAAAUACUGAGAAUUAAACAUACUUCGGCCCUGCGACCAACGUGACCCUUAAUAGUCUAUCAAGACCGAAGACGGAGGGCACGUUUUUAGGAAAGUUUUCAAAGUUCCGAAGAAUGUAAGCUUUAUGCAUUUUCGUUUGACUCGUUCUUGCUUGAAAAAAUGGCCUCGUUAUUGAACAGUUUCAUUAGGUUCAUAAAUUCAUAUAAAAUGGGCGACACUGGCAAAUUCAAGCCAAAAAA